AUGUCCAGUUCUGCCUCCGCCAACGUAAUUGAUAACUAUGUUAGUUUCAUCACAAAGGCGAAUGGCAACCAGCUUUUUGCAAACCCGUUUACCUCUUCGUCGUCUGAUCUAAAGAGAUUAACAAAGACCAUGACCCACACGGGGCAUAAUAAGUACCCAAUGGACCAGGAGGGCAAUGACCAGAUACCUGCCCUCUAUGAAACUGUUCAUCUACACUAUCCACCACCUCCUCAGCUCCAGCCUAUUACACCUAAGCAGCUCGUUCAACAAACUUCUGUUCAAGUGAGAAACGACGAGGCUCGUAGGGCUGCCAGUCCUUUACCCAGUCCUCUACCCAGUCCCGUGGCCAGUCGUACUGACAGUCCCGUGAGAUAUUAUCUGGACGAACCAUCGCAUUCCCCGUCAUUAGGUGUGGCGAAGCAUCUAAAAUCAGCCCUUUCCAAACCAGGCAGGGCCCCCUUGGCAUCUGCCUUCCGCACAUUAGUAUCGUUUGACACCGUUAACAUUGGCUUUAGUGACGAUGCAACCUCAGAUAACACCUCUCGUGUGUCCGCACUAGAGGAUAGGAACAGUGCUUUGUUGGACGAGGAAUUCGGCCUUCAUUCUGAUCGUAGAACCUCUGGUUCUUCUCGCUGGCGUUCACCGUCACCAAGCAAUAGGGAUAUAUCUCCUACUAGUUCAACAAAAGAUUUGUCCCCUACAACUGGAAGUCGAGAAUUGUCGCCACCUAACAGAUUGGCUUCCUCUGGUGGCCGUUCGAGGUCACCAGCAAGAGCCUCUUCCAUCUUUCGCAAGUAUCCCACUACUCCUAUCAUCACUCAUGACUCGUGUACACUUACAAAAAAGCAUAGACAGUUUGAUCGGCUUUACUCUGGUGCUUUGAAGCCAAGGACAGCAGUUCUGCCCAAUAGAAACAUCCUCUGCUAUGUAAGUGGCAGAAAACAUACUUGGGUAGCUGUUGACUGGUGUUGCAACCAGCUUCUAGAAGAUGGUGAUACCUUAGUCAUUAUAGCGUCUAUCAGGCCCAAUUGGCGCAGUUCGUUGCGUCGUCGAUUGUCCUCGGGAUCCAUAUUUGCAGCAGAUCAUUCACUCAUGACUGAAGAGGGAAUCAGGCGCUCUCCAGAGUAUGCCAAAGUGGUUACAGAGAACUUGAUGAAGUAUGCGUUAGCAAUACUCAAUUCAAACAAGAUUAUUAAGAUUACUGUGGAACUCAGUGUAGGAAAUACCAAGGAUGUGUUGAAAGAUAUGUAUAGCUUAUACAUGCCAUCGGUGGUUGUGACCUCCGCAAAGCCUACCGCUGCUCCAUCAACGAAAUCAUGGCUCACAUCUAGAAUCACCGAUCGCUUGGUGAAGAAUUUUGCAGUGCCUGUGGUAAUCGUUCCCGCUAUCAACAUGGAUCUUUUUCAACUAAAAUUGUACAAAGUGUUGGAUAAGAGGAUGCAGCUUGCUGCGAAGGGCAAAGCGGAUACGAAGGAGUUGCUGGAUGAAUUGCAGAAUGUUGGUAUGUACGAUUUGGGAGAUCAGCGCAAUUACCUUCGGCAGAGUGCUGCUGAGGACCUUUUGAUCAAAAGUGAUUUGGAAGAGUUCGGAUUAGAGAAAGAAAGAGAAGAGGAAGAGGAGGAUGAUGAUGAUGAUGAUAACACCGACACUGCAGAUGAACAUAGCGAUAAGAAUAGUAGUGUUGAUUCUGAAGAAGAUGGUGAAGAAGUGAACGAUGGAAGUAAUGCUGGAAGUCCUGCUGAAAGCAGCGCGGGUAAUCGGACGGGCAGUGGAGACGAGUCAGACUUUGCAGAGACGACAUUUACCGGUGGAGAGUCCCGCAGUAGGCCGAUGCAUCUGACACGAUCAUUGCAAAUUUCUCAGGAGAAUCCUGCUCUACGUCAUCUUACUCUCCUGAGAUCAAAAACAGAGGAUGCAUCUGAGAAUAAGAUAAGUACGGCUGACGGCGCACAGUCAUUAGUGUCCGAUAAAAAAGAAAGCACAUCAUUCCAGCUCAAAAAGCUCGAGUUCGAUACACAGAUUCGGAUCUACAAAGAGAUGAAUACCAUAGAACAUCAGCCGGUGACAGAGGAUACUUUCAAGCAUUUUCUUGGAGUGGUAUCAGAUGUGGCGUAUAAUUACGGAAUUGAAUUGGCAGAGUACGCUAAGGAAGGAGGUGAAGGAGCCAAUAUGGUAAGAACUAUGACUGGAGCUCCAGACGUUUCGUACUUUCGCCCCAAAUCAAUGCUUCUAGGUAAGCGUGGUGUAUCGAGUACUCCUUUCGUUAGGAAGUCUGUAUCAAAUUCAGAUGUGACCAAUUCUGUCGGUUCCCCGGGGUCUGCAGAAUCCUUUAGCCCUGGAGGGUCCAGAGGCUCUAGAGGGUCCAGAGAAUCAGGGGAUGUCAGGGCAUUGUUAGCACCUACGAUAAAAGUGGAUUCGCCUGAAAUUAGGGCUGUUGGAGAACCUAUUGUCUCGUCUUAUUCAGAGGCAUCCGGCAAGCACAGAGCUUCGUCACUCCGAUUUGAUCUUGGUAAUGGGGCCAGUACAAGAUUAAGUGGUAAAAACAUAUCUGGAUCUCCGGACACAUUACUCAGAUCCGUUUAUUCCGCCGGUUCGACCCUACAUCCUGGUGUCAAAGUGGGAGCAAGGAGAAAGAGCUUCUUUAAAAGGUUAUUUAAUAGAUCUUGA